CCCGAGGUUUGACUGACUUAUAAUAUUCGUGGACCAUAAAACCAAAUCGCAUAGGGGUGAGCCGGCCCGCGGUGCGUUAUACCCCCAAAAGUUGUAAAACAUGGUCUAGCGAUUUGACGAACUUAAUUAAAUCUGAUAGGCAUAGCACACGGGGCCGCCCGAUAUGGCCGCUCUUGUUUGAAAGCGUGCGUCACAACAAUUGCGCUGAGUGUGUGUGAGGAUUAUUAGUGCUGCGGGAUCCGGUAAGUACUUGACUCCAGUCGAGAACGAUCAGGCUUGAUAAACAACAGCAGAGCUCAGUUGCUGGAUUUACCUUCCGACAAGCAAGGAAUUACUACUUUUUUCAAUACUUUCACAGGAAUGGAUUUUUCAAACGUCAACUUCCCAUUUCCUUUGUGGAUUGUCCGUCCCACCUGGGAGUGCGCCUUGAAAAUCGGAUUCUUCGUUCCUGUCAUUAUCAUCAGUCUGCUUGGAAACGGUUUGGUGGUUUACCUCAUGGCCACCAAUCGAUUUUUGCGCACUUCCAUCAACAUCUUCAUUUGGAAUUUGGCCAUCGCCGAUCUUUUAACUAUCCUACUCAUCCCGUGGAUAAUUUUAAUCAUCGAUCUCUACCAGAUGUUCAUUCUCGGAGAGGUUAUUUGUCGAACCGAGGGAUUUUUAAGAGUGAUGCUGAUGUUGGUGGACGUCUUCAGCUUGCUGGCCGUAAGCUUUGAUCGUUUCUUUGCCAUCGCAUUUCCAUUCCGCCCGCGGAUGGGCCAAUCGGCAGCCUACAUUAUUUGCGGAGUCAUCUGGAUCCUUUCAGCGGCCAUCGCCUCUCCACUCAUCGCAGCCCGCGUCUAUAAAGAACGACAAUGGAAGGAUAUAUUGGAGUCCUGGUGCAUCGACAACACUUCCUUCUCUUUCGUGUACUACAUCUCCCUCGACGCUAUUCUCGUCUGGUUUCCCCUCAUCGUCAUGACUGUUCUAUUCAUUUUCAUCUUCAUUAUUAUGAAAUCGCGGACUUCGACCUGCUCUGCCAUUCAAUUGAAGCAGUUGGCCCAGCGUCAGAAAAUCAUUCGGAUGCUUUUCUUCAUUCUGAUUGGCUUCUUCAUCUGCUACCUGCCUUUCACCAUUUCCAUCAUCGUACGAAAUAAAAUCGUCCUGGGCAACAGCAUCAAUAGCAUCCCAGAUUGGUUGCGCUCCUUGUUGUACACGACGCGCUAUGUCAUGUGUGUAAACACAGCCAUCAAUCCCAUCAUCUACGGAUUCUGCAACGAUAACUUCAAGAAAGCGGCCGCCAAACAAUUCCCGUCGCUCAAAUGGGGCGUCACUCCGGUGGCCGCCACCAUUUCCGCUGCAUCAAACACAGGACGAGUCAAUUCGGAUUAAAUCAAAUUGAAUUACCUUUCGCGUGUAGAUUGAGUUGUAGCCCAUCUAAAACAAAACAAAAAAAUAUUCUUGAAACAAUAAUUUAGUGAAACACAUUGGAACGUUGACAUUUGUGACUUUAUCUAACGGCAAUCACGUUAGAUCUCUAUUUGAUUCAAUGACGACAUUCCAUGAAACAAAAUGUGCAGUGGAACAGAAAUCAUAUUAUAUAUUAUUAUUAUGGAAUCAAUGAACAAAAUACACGAGUCUUGAAUAAGUGCA